AGCAGGUGGAGGAAAAGAGCACAUCAAGUCAGGGGGUCCUGAUCUUUGUGCGAGGUGGAUGAAUAUGAAGAAUUCCUCCUAGGGUCUGCGAAAGGAUCAGGGCCUUUGAUGCAAUCUCUUUCUGGUUGGGCACGCAGUUAGCUUUGAUAUCAACCUCUCUGCGCUACAGAGUUGUGGGAAUCGAAUACACUCAGCUCGGAUUUGAUUUGAAACAUGGCGUCUGCCGCCAUCGCCGCGGCUGCUAAGAAGAGGGCGGAAAAGCUCGGGAUCAGAAACGAGGAGGUGGAUGAGACUAAUGUUGGGAAAGGCCCGGAGACUGAGCUAGCGCAUCCCUUCUUCUCCAAGCUGAAGGAGACGCCCGGCAAGGGGGCACAGCUUUCGCCAAGGUCUAGGAGAUUGGCGGAGCUGCAGGCCAAAGAACAGAAGGAAAACUCCCCUCCUCCCGAACAGAACAAAGCGGCUCCAGCUCCUCCUCCAGCUCCAGCUCCUCCUCCAGCUCCCGCAGCAGUUCCUCCACCACCACCACCCGCAGCAGCAGCUCCACCUGCUGCUAAGAGUGUGGAUCUGACGGCUGCUUACUCGGAUGCAGCGGUAGAGACACUGUAUGACGUGGCGGCGAAUGGUUCCCAGCAACAGCAGAACGACGCGCUCGCAGUCAUCAAGCGAUGGACCAACAACCCUGACACUCGGUUCGAGAUGGCCGGGAAUCCUACGAUUUUUUCAUUGUUGGCGGAUAUUGCUGUGGGCCCGCAUCAGAAGGAAAGAGAGGCGGCUGUUUCUCAGCUGCAAAGCAUCUGCGAAGACGAUUCGGUCCACAAACACCUCCUCUCUACUGGUGCCGCCUUUGGGCCACUGCAGCAUAUGCGAGCGAGGUGCUUGUUGAACGUGUGCGUGACGUGCACUGAUGGAGACUCGAUGAGCAGAUAUGCCAGCACUCCUUCGUCAACCUCUGCCGCCCACCUGGACCCCAGCUUGGCCAUCGAGGAUCCUGCCGAGGUCAUGGCGAAGGUGAUAGCGGCCCAAGAGAAUGCGGAUCCGAAUGUUUCUGCCAACGUCGAUCCAAGUCAAGUCAAGAUGGACAUUGACAUGGAGGACGAGGCUCCUGCUAGUGGUCCCGCCAUGCUUAACGGGAUGAAAGCUUCCAUGGGGAACGAGGAACGAGCUGGAACGCCAGCGCCGCCUGCAUGGGAUCGACCGACGAAGUCAGACGGGGCUGAGAACAGGUCCCCCAACGUGGCGCGGGAUCAAUCAAGAUACUCGUCGCCAAGUAGCACGAGCAAGGGACCAGCGGCGUCAAGUCAAACUGCGCCGCCCAAACAAGAAUCGAAUGCCUGCUGCUCCUGCCUGGUCAUGCAACACUGCGCGGCGCUCCCAGCAUGA